AUGGGCUUCUUUCUGCUUGUGAGGUUUCUCUCUGUUCUCUUGUUUUCUUUUUCUUUAUUCAGUCAUUUACAUUCUUUCUUUCUUUCGUUUAAACAUUUUUUUUUUUUUCUUUUUCACACAAUCAUUUCCUUUCCUUUUCUUUCUUCUUUCUUUCUUUCUUUCUUUCUUUUUUUAAAACACUUUUCUUCAAUAUUUUGCUCUUGUUUAACUCCUACUGUCACUCCUACCAAUAGCUCCUUAUUUUUUUAUUCUUAUCUUUUCUUUAUAAACAUUUCUUCUCUUGUUUUCACUGCUUUUUUUCUUUAUACAUUUCUAUUUUUCUGCUUUAUUUUUUUUCUUUCCUCUACCUUCAUACUCAUCUUUUCUUAUUUGUUCUUUUUCUUCUCUUGCUAUCUCUAUUCACUCUUUCUCUCUUUUCAUACCAUUCUUUCUUUCUUUUAUUUAUUUACUUAUUUAUUUUUCUAUAUUCUUUUCCUGAUUUUCCUUCUUAUCAAUUUUUUUUUUGUUUUUAUUUUUUCUUUCUAUUCCUCAUUUUUCUCUUUCUUCUUCUUUUCCAUCCUUUGCCUCUGUCUUUUUUUCAUUCUUCUUUUCUCCUCUUUCUUAUAUCUUUCUAUUUUUAAUACAAUGAAAGGAAUAGUUCACUUUUGUCCUUUUCUUCCUUUUCUCCUUUUAUUCUCUUUUCUGUGUCUUUCUCUCUCUCUUUUAUAUUUUCUUCCUUUUCACUCUUGCUUUUUGUUCAGUUUCUCUUUCUUCUCCUUUUCCUUUAUUUACCACUUUCUUUUUUCAUUCUUCUUUUUUUUCUUCUUUUUUAUGUCUUACUUUCUAUUUUUUAGUCCAAUGGAAGGAAGAGUUCACUAUUUUGUCUUUUUCUCCUUUAUCCUCUUUUGCCCUCUUUUCUACCCCCUUCUUCCUCUCUUGUAUUUCCUCUUUUCCUUUGUUUCUAAUUCUUCAUUUCUUCCCCCUCUCUUUUUGCAUUCAUUUUUCUCCUUUUCUACAACUUUUCUACUUUUAAUGCAAGAACAAUUCACUAUUCUGUUUUUAUUUCAUCUUUUACUCUCUUUUCUACAUCCAUCUCUACCUCUCUUAUAUUUCCUCUUUGGUUUUAAACUUUGUUUUUGUUCACUUUCUCUUUCUUCUCCUUUUCAUUCCUUCCCCUCUAUCUUCUUCUUAUUCUUCUUUCUUUCUCUUAUCUUCCUAAUCAUCCCAAUAAAUGAUGCAAGAAGAUAG